CCACAAAGUAUUUUACAAAGCACCAGCAUCACACUCAAUUAUAAAACAUCGAUAUUCACGAAUGCCAAUGGCACCAAACACUUCUGACAACCUCCCCCCAACCGCAGCAUAUUUCCCAACAUCCCCUGCCUCCCCCCUCCACCCCCCAACAGCCCUCUACAAUCGCCUAUCCUCCCUCCCCCAAUCCUCCCUUGUUAAAACUCUAUCCCUAACUAUCCCCCCGCGCUCCGGCCGCGCCUUCCAAGUCCUCGCCGGGUCCAUAUUCCGGCUCUCAACGCCGGAUGGCCCUCAAGUCGGCGACUUAAAUAUCUGGAAUGCCCAUGAUCCGCGCGAGAGAUUCUGGGCCGCUAGGACGAGGCAAUUACAGGGGAGUCAUGUGAAGGAGGGAGAUCGUCUUUGGAGCUGUUUGCCGUUUAUGCGACCGUUGUGUGGGGUUAUUCGGGAUGGGUGUGGGCUUGGGGAGAGGGAGGAAGGGAGGACGGAGAGAGGGGGACGGAGUAGGUGGGGAGGUAGGGUGCAUGAUUUGUUGGGUACGAGGUGUGAUCCUUAUGUAUCCCACAUGUUAACCUCUACUUCGUAUGACUACCACUGCCACUCCAACCUUGUACGCGCCAUCCUCCCCUUCGCCCUUACCGAAUACGACAUCCAUGACGUCCUGAACGUUUUCCAAGUCACGGGUCUCGAUUCCGAAGGACGGUAUUUCAUGGAACCAUCUCCUGCAACUCCAGACUCCUUCGUCGACUUUUUCGCUGAGCAGGACUUACUGUGUGCGCUGAGUACGUGUCCAGGCGGGGAUUUGAGUGCGUGGGGAUGGCAUCAGGCCAGGGAGGCGGAGAUGGGUGUGGCUAGGGAGAGGGAGGGGAAUGGGAAUGGGGGAGGGGGGAUGAAGAGUACGUGUCGGGGUAUUAAUGUUGAGGUUUGGGAGAUUGAGGAGGGGGUGAGGGAGGAGGUGUUGAGGGACUGGAGGAGACCGGAGAGGAGUGGGUAUAUGGGUAAUCAUGGGAUGACGAUUCCGAGUGGAGAAGCAUGAAACAUCGAUAUUUGCAUUGCGUUUCUGGAAGGCUUGAAGUUGAGGCUAAAUGCUCAUUCGGAGGUUUAAUAUGUUUUGAUCCACGGGGCUUUGUGCUGAAGUAUAAUCGCAACUGAGGUAGAACGCCAAGGGGAAAAUUUAAUUAGUUAACC